AUGAGCGGAGGACGCGUCCUUCACUGGGGAUCUCCUUCCCAUCUCCUUCUGGCCUUGGCAUGGGCAGUGCUUUUCGUCCCAUUGUCUGACGCGCAGCUGGAGGUCGGGUUUUACGACUACACCUGCCCGAGAGCGGAGCAGCUCGUCCGCACCGUCGUCCGCGCCGCCAUCCGCCGCGACCCUGGCAUCGGCGCCGGGCUCGUGCGCCUCUUCUUCCACGACUGCUUCGUCAGGGGGUGUGAUGCGUCCGUGCUCCUGGACGCGGUCCCUGGCAGCGACGACGCCGUGGAGAAGGCGUCGCAGGCGAACAGCCCGAGCCUCAGGGGCUACGGCGUCAUCGAGCGCGCCAAGCGCGUGGUCGAGCGGCGGUGCCGGCGCACCGUAUCCUGCGCCGACAUCGUGACCUUCGCCGCGCGCGACGCCAGCGGCCUCCUGGGGGGCAUCGACUACGACGUGCCGGCGGGGCGGCGCGACGGCCGCGUCUCCAACGCGUCGGAGGUGCUCAACAGCCUGCCCCCGCCCUUCUCCAACGCCUCGCGUCUCGUCGACAGCUUCGCCGCCAAGGGCCUCACGGCCGACGACAUGGUCACGCUCUCCGGCGCGCACUCCUUCGGCCGCACCCACUGCUCCGCCAUUGCCUUCCGGCUCUACCCGCUGGUCGCGGCGGACAUGGACGCCGCCUACGGCAGGUCCCUCCGGACGCGGUGCCCGGCGGCGACGGGGCGCCGGGACCGGGUGGUGCACCUGGACCCGGUCACGGGGCUCCGGCUCGACAACCAGUACUACAGGAACGUGCAGACGCGCGAGGUGCCGUUCACGUCGGACGUGACGCUGCUGACGCGGGAUGACACGGCGGCGCUCGUAGACCUCUACGCGCGCAACAGGACGGUGUGGAUGUCGCGGUUCGCGGCCGCGAUGGUGAAGAUGGGCAACCUCGACGUGCUCACCGGCACCCAAGGAGAGAUCAGGAGGUUUUGCAACAGAGUUAACUAG